GUGCUGCUGCUCUGCGCCGCGCUGAGACGCUGGCCAGCUAGCUAGUCAGUCAGUAGUCGGCAGCCUUUGCUUGGACCGCCUGUAACAAAGAAAGCUAAGCAGGUGAGCCCCGGCCCGUUGAAAGCGAAGAGGCGACACGACACCUGGCCGGUCCUUUUUAUAAGCACUCCCUCCCUCCCUCUUUCUCUCUCUCUCUCUCCUUUCUUCCACUGUUCUAACCACUCCCUUUUUUUACGUCUCUCUUCCCCUUCUCCCUCCAAGAACGCACACAUACCAUCCCCCCCUUGCAACCAUGUCCAAGGUCAUUGUUGUUGGAGGAGGCCUGAGUGGCCUGAGCGCGGCACACACAAUCCUCGAGCGCGGCGGAAACGUCCUCGUGCUCGACAAGAACGCCUUCUUUGGCGGCAACAGCACAAAGGCGACGUCGGGCAUCAACGGUGCCGGCACAGCGACACAGGCUGAGAAUGACAUUCCCGACAGUGCCAAGAUCUUCUUCAACGACACCAAGAAGUCGGCCCGUGACCUCGCGCGCGACGACCUCAUCAAGGUCCUCACCGGCCGCUCGGGCGAGGCCGUCAACUGGCUCCAGGACCGAUUUGCCCUCGACCUGUCCAAGGUCUCGCGGCUAGGUGGCCACUCGCAGCCGCGAACGCACCGAGGUGGCGCCCAGUUCCCCGGCAUGACAAUCACCUACGCCCAGAUGGAGAAGAUCGAGGACCUGGCCGAGUCGCAGCCGGAGCGGGUGCAGAUCAUCCGAAAAGCGCGUGUCACCAAGCUCAUCUACGAGAACAACUCCGUCCAGGGUGUCGAGUACGAGGUUGGCGGCCAGUCGCACCGCGAGCACGGCCCCGUCGUUCUCGCCACCGGUGGUUACGCCGCCGACUUUGACGACGUCAACUCGCUCCUCAAGAAGCACCGUCCCGACCUUAUGCACCUGCCCACGACCAACGGCGACCACUGCACCGGUGACGGCCAGAAGAUGGUUGCUGCCAUUGGCGGCCGCCUCAUCGACCUCGAAAAGGUCCAGGUCCACCCCACGGGCCUCGUCGACCCCAAGGAGCCCGACGCCAAGGUCAAGUUCCUCGCCGCCGAGGCGCUCCGUGGCGUCGGUGGUCUCCUGCUCGACAACGAGGGCAACCGGUUUGCCGACGAGCUUGGCCACCGUGACUACGUCACUGGCCGCAUGUGGGACAACAACAAGUUCCCCGUCCGACUGAUCCUCAACGGCCAGGCGUCCAAGGAAAUCGAGUGGCACUGCAAGCACUACACUGGCCGAGGCCUCAUGAAGCGCUUCGACUCGGGCGACGCCCUCGCCAAGGAGAUGGGCAUCUCCGCCGACAAGCUCAAGUCCACUUUUGACGACUACAACCAGAUUGCGACGGGCAAGAAGAAGUGCCCCUGGGGAAAGAAGUUCUUCCACAACCACAACAUGAAGAUGGACGACACCUUCCACGUCGCCCUCAUGACCCCCGUCCUCCACUACACCAUGGGUGGCCUCGAGAUCAACGACAAGUCCGAGGUGCUCGACACCCAGGGAAAGCCCAUCGACGGUCUCUUUGCCUCGGGUGAGAUUGCCGGUGGUGUGCACGGCGCCAACCGUCUUGGUGGCUCCUCGCUCCUCGGCUGUGUCGUCUUUGGCCGUGUUGCCGGUGACACGGCGACUGCCUACCUCCUCCGUGGCAUCUCCACUGGCAAGAUUGCCUCUGGAAGGGCUGGCCAGGUCGCCCAGCACCUCGAGACGACUGUGCGCGUCAACCCAGAGUCGCAGAACGUCAACCUCACCUUCAGCUGGGCUGGCCAAGGCCAGUCGAACAGCGCGCCCCAGGCCCAGGGCACCGCGGCUGCCCAGUCGGCCCCCGUCGCCGAGUCUUCCAACCGGCCGGCCGGAAAGGAGGAGGGCAAGGACAAGGCUGCCUCUUCGGGCGAGCUCCGUGAGAUCUCGAUGGACGAGGUGGCCAAGCACGACAAGGACGACGACGUCUGGGUUGCCGUCAACGGCGAUGUGAUUGACGCCACUGGCUUCCUCCAGGACCACCCUGGUGGUGCCAAGGCCAUCCUCCUCUACAAGGGCCGUGACGCCACAGAGGAGUUCAACAUGCUGCACGACAAGGGAGUCGUCGCCAAGUACUACAAGCAGGGCAUCAUUGGCAAGGUCAAGCAGUAAAUGUCCAGCUCGCUGCUGGCUGAGGAAUGAAAAAAGGGAAAAACACAUGCACACCACCACAGCCUCAAAAAGCACGAUUAAUUGAUCUAGCCAUCGAUGCGUUCUUUGCUCUUCUCCUCCUCCAUCCACCUCUUUCUUGCUUUGCCU